UUGAAUGACAAUGGGGACACAGUGGGAGUCCGACUGGCGGCCUUUCAAUGGCCUGAAUAAAGUGUGAUCUCCAGGCACUGUUAAGAAAACAUUGCAUAAAAACAUUAAGGCCGGGGACGGUCUGGCUGCAGGGUUAAGCUUUGGGUUGCUAUUGUGCUCGAACAUCUUAGUGCCCGUGUGAAGAAGAAGAAGAAGAAGAAGAAGAAGAAGAAGAAGAACUGGAGCUCUGUGUGGUUCUCAGACAAUCCUGCAGAGAACAGGUAGCCUUAAUACGGUGAGCAGGUAAAUACGGUGAGCAGGUAGCUUCAGUGAACAGGUAAAUGCAAAUCUAGAGGGAAACAAAAAAAGCGUCAGACUACUGAGGUAUGCGUGCAUAGGCGCUCCUGGCUGAAGGCUGGGUUUCACCACGACUUCGCCUCGAGCGAAAGAAGGGGGGGGAAACUGCGCAGCCAAUGAGAGGGCCGUAACCAGCCCAUUCUCUCUAUAACUCUGUGUCACAGGGGCUGAGCGAUGCCACAACCAAGAUUCUGCAGCAGGAAGAGUGUCAGUGGACUACAAGAGCUUCAAAGUCGUGCGUAAAAAAGCGCGCUCCCAGCAGUUCUUUUACGCGAAUUUUGCUUUAAGCACCAGAAUCAAAGCAAUCCCGGGUUUUUUUUUUUAUCUGGAGGGCUGCUUUCAUCAUGAGCGCCGGACAGACAUAUGAGAAGAAGAUUUCGUGUAUUUUGACCGACCUACCAGGAUCUAUGAGUUGCCACCCGAAUUCCAAGGACUCUCCAACUCUGCCUGAGUCCUCAGUGACGGACAUGGGCUACUACAGCGGACCGACGGCGCACGGGCAGCACGAGUACUAUCAGAGUCAGGCGUAUGGACAGCCCAUGAACUCUUACCAUCACCAGUUUAAUCUGAACGGAAUGAGUGCCGCUGGAGCGUACGCCACCAAAUCUGAGUACCCUUACACAAACAGCUACAGACAGUUCGGACAUUACAACAGAGAUCACCUGCAGGCCUCGCCUCCAAGCUCAGUGAAAGAAGAGCCAGAGCCCGAAGUCCGCAUGGUGAACGGAAAACCAAAAAAGAUCCGCAAGCCGAGGACGAUCUACUCCAGCUAUCAGCUCGCUGCUCUGCAGAGGCGCUUCCAGAAGGCGCAGUACCUCGCUCUGCCCGAGAGAGCAGAACUGGCGGCACAGCUCGGUCUCACCCAGACACAGGUGAAGAUCUGGUUCCAGAACCGGAGAUCCAAGUUCAAGAAGCUGUACAAAAACGGCGAGGUUCCCUUGGAGCACAGUCCCAACGCCAGCGACUCCAUGGCCUGCAACUCCCCUCCCUCCCCCGCAGUGUGGGAGAACAGCAACCCGCAAAACACUCCGAUCAGCAGACCUCAGGUUCCGCAGCCGACGCACAGCUCGUCGCCGCCUUACCUGGAGGAUUAUAACAACCACUGGUACCAGCAGGGAUCACAUCUACAGCAUCCGGGCACCGUGCACCACCCGGUUCCGCAGCAGAGUGUAGGAGCUGUUUACUGACACUGACUCCAGAGCUGAUUUGCCCCCUCAGAUUUUUUAAAAGAGGUCCCUCCAAAAAAGACUCUGCAGAGCGAAGGUUAAGCGGACCUGGAGCAGGCCUGAAGUGAAACAUUGCGCCGCAAUUUUUGGAUGAGCAACAAUGUUUCAGAACUGGGUUUCAAAGCACAUAAGGGAUUUCCAAUCACUUGUGGCCGCACAUUUAACGGACAUCUGGCUUGGUUUUUUAAGUUAUUUAUCGCUUCUGUUGUAUUGCCUUAACUCCUUUUGUAAAUGAAUAUGCAACGUUUUUUUAAACAAGUAGCCUAUAACCACAAAGCGAAAAUUGGCAAAACUGUACAGUUGAUCCAUGCUACAUUCAAACCAUGCAUUAAGAGCGCGUCAGAAACACUCAGGUCAUAUUUAUAUGGAUUUGUACAAACCGUCGAAGGCUGUAAAUAUGUGUUUAUAUGCAGAACCACUAUGAUCCGCUUUGUUGGAAACGGAACGACUGCACUGUGGUGCUUCCAAGACCAUUUUCAUGUCUAUGUAAUUAGUUCACUUGUUGCCUUCUUGUCAAUUUGAAUA